GGCGUCGUGCUGCAGUUCAUGUUUAGCGUGAAGCGAUACAUGUUUGGUUGAGCUUUGAAUGAGGGGCCAUCAUCCCGGCGGCUCGGAGGUGGAAAAUACAGUUUAAAGUGUCUCUGAAUGUGUUUUAAAUGAACAAGCAGGCUUUUCUGACAGGUACCUGAGUCACCGUUUGGCACCCCUUCAUCUCCUCGUGGGGUUUCUUUAGAUGUACUCACCGCACACUUACCAUGUGAUGUUUCCCAAGACUCCUCAAGACCAAUGCCUUAGUUCGGACUAAAAGAAGGACAUAAAUAAAAAUAUCCAGUAGGACGCCUACUUCCCCUCUCCCUUUUCUCUUUACGUCAGAUUAAAAGGGGCAUCAAAACACAUUUCAAACACACACACAUAGCCACCAUGUCCUCCAUCCUUCCCUUCACUCCCCCGGUAGUGAAGCGCCUCCUGGGAUGGAAGAAGACUCCUACAGGGAGUGGAGGAGCAGGAGGAGGCAUCGGAGGAGUAGGGGAGCAUAACGGAGGAGGGCAGGAGGAGAAGUGGUGUGAGAAGGCCGUGAAGAGCUUGGUGAAGAAGCUGAAGAAGACGGGGCAGCUGGAUGAGCUGGAGAAAGCCAUCAGCACGCAGAACAGCAACACAAAGUGUGUCACCAUACCCAGGUGAGACACACAACCGGUACAUCUAUCUUCCCUGGCUCUGUUUUUACA